GACCCCCAAACUGGACUUAAGUGUGCAAGGCUGUGUGACAGUUCCCAAGGUCAGUCCAAGGUUGUGUGAACAGUGGACCCAAGGUCAUAUGUCAAGAGGUUGCCUGAGGUACCAAUGCAGACAAGGCUUGUACCAAGGGAUGGCAAGACCUCGCCCCACCGAUGUGUGUCCACCCCUCCAUUCCACCUAUUCGCCACCUCCACUAGACCGGCACAACCGGCGUCCACUCCUGCUCCAGGACCCCGCUCUGACGUACGCAAUAUGAUCAAAAGGCUGAAGCGUCGCCUGUCUUUGACUUUCCGUGGGGAUAGAGGAGGUUUGGAUGAGAGCUUCGCUGAGCUGACAGUUGACGACACUAAUGGUGUUAAAGAAAAUGGAGCAGGUAUAGUCCAUGAAAACCUUAGGAUCACAUCUGAUGGUGAGAGUGAGGAGAUCUCUGGAACUUCAAGUGAGCGAGAAGACAUGGUAUCCCCUGUCAAACUCCGACAUCGGCAAAGACGAUACAACCAGGAAGUUACUAAAAGGCUGUCAUUACCUGCUGACAUGCGUCUACCUGGACAUUUCUUGGCCAGGCAAAGUCUCAGCCCAGAAGGACAACUUAGCAGGCGUUCUCGGCGUAAAUCCCUUUCUGAAAUAGGUUUUGGAAAAAUAGAAUCUUACACCAAAUUAGAUAAACUUGGAGAGGGUACCUAUGCCACAGUGUUCAAAGGCAGAAGUCUGCUGACUGAUAACCUGGUUGCUCUAAAGGAAAUCCGUCUGGAACAUGAGGAAGGGGCCCCUUGUACUGCUAUACGUGAAGUGUCGCUACUCAGGGAGCUUAAACACAGUAAUAUUGUGACCCUACAUGACAUCAUCCACACAGAAAAGUCUCUUACUCUAGUCUUUGAAUAUCUGGAAAAAGAUCUCAAACAAUACAUGGACGACUGUGGAAACAUUAUGAGCAUGACAAAUGUUAAGAUAUUUCUGUUCCAAUUAUUACGAGGCUUAGCCUACUGUCAUAAAAGGCAAGUUUUACACCGGGACCUGAAACCUCAAAAUCUUCUUAUCAAUGAAAGAGGAGAACUUAAAUUGGCUGACUUUGGCUUAGCUAGGGCCAAAUCAAUACCUACCAAGACAUAUUCAAAUGAAGUGGUCACUCUAUGGUAUCGUCCCCCAGAUGUUUUACUGGGAUCAACAGAAUACUCCACCUCCAUUGAUAUGUGGGGUGUUGGUUGUAUAUUUUAUGAGAUGGCCUGUGGCAGGCCACUUUUUCCGGGAUCUACUGUGGAAGAUGAACUACAUUAUAUAUUCAAGAUACUGGGCACCCCUGUGGAGGAAACGUUCCCAGGAAUCAGCAAAAAUGAGGACUUCCUGUCUUAUAACUUCCCUCGCUAUGAGCCAGAGCCCCUUAUUAAUGUGGCUCCUAGGUUGGAUGGUGAUGGUUUAGAUCUCUUAGCAAAACUACUAAAAUUUGAGGCUAAGGGAAGAUGUUGUGCAGCAGAUGGAACAAAAUGUCCUUUCUUCAACUCCCUCGGGCCAAGUGUUCAUCGUCUACCUGACACUGUAUCAAUAUUUACAAUACCUGGGAUAGUUUUACACAGAGAUCCAGGCAUGAGAUCAUCAUCAUUAGCAUCUACAGGUAAAAUCCGAAGACAGAGUAUGCUGUUCUAAGUGUUGUGAUAGGACUAGUGACCAGCAUCAACCUGCAGACAACUAUCCCAUAUACUGAUAACUAGUGAAAGCCAUCAAGCUAUGGACAACCAAGCCCUUUUAUGGACCAGAUUUACCUACAGAAGUGAUGGCUGUCAGUUUUCGGACAUUUACCUUCAGACAAGUGGUAGUUGUCAGUUUUCGGACAUUUACCUCCAGACAAGUGGUAGUUGUCAGUUUUCAGACAUUUACCUACAGACAAGUGGUAGUUGUCAGUUUUCUACAGGCCAGUAGUGACUCAGUUUUUGACAUUUACCUACAGAAAGAAGUUGGCUGUCAGUUUUCUGACAUUUUCCUACAGACAAGUGGUAGCUGUUAGUGCACUGUUCGUCAGUUAACAUUCUCUGCAUACUGCGGUCUAUUAUACAAACACAUAUCUGAAAUCUUAACCAGAUUUAUCCACAACUCAUAUGGCCAGAAUAAUUUUUUGUUAACUUAUCAUGGACAGAAAAAAAGUGGUUUGGAAUUAGCUAUAAUGCUCUGUGGCAUUCAUUACGGUUUUCAAGAAGUAUGGCUUCAGAUAUCUCCAAACAUCUGAUGUGUUUGACUGGUGCCACCCAGUUUUACAUACCUAAAUUGUUGUCUUAUGUGUCUGGACCAUGUGUGUAAUCAGGUAUAUGGCCCUAUACGUGUACACAAUAUAGGUCCUGCACAUGUAUACACUAUAUGGUCCUGUCUGCACAUGUAUACACUAGGCCUUAUUGAGGCUAGUCCUAUCAUUUGUAUUGUGCAUUUGUGUGCUUCAUGUAUAGAUUGACGUCCUGUUUACCACAAAGCAUUUAAUUUGUAACGCCUGUGUGAGGAGAUUAUCUCAUCUAUGAUUGUAUAAGAUUGUAUUGUAGACCAAUUGUGGGCUUAAUCAACAAACACUGACCAAAUGGUGCUAUACAUAGUCAGGCUGCCAUUGGACACAGUAGAUAGCUGUACCCAAACAUUAUACCCAUCUGUAUAUAUCACUAUGCACCUCACGUCUUCUGUUGCUUGUGUGGGACUGUUGUACUGCACAACUUAGAGAAGGAAUAGUAAUGCAGCUACUGUAUUGCACAUCCUAAUUAAACGGGCAGUAGUGGAGCUACUGUACUGCACAUUGUAAGGGGAGGGAACUCUAAUUACUGUAUUGCACAUUUUAAUGGGAGGGAACAUUAAUGAAUCUACUGUACUGCACAUUGUAAGGGGAGGGAACAGUUAUGGAACUACUGUAUUGCACAUUUUAAUGGGAGGGAACAUUAAUGAAUCUACUGUACUUGACAUUGUAAGGGGAGGGAACAGUUAUGGAACUACUGUAUUGCACAUUUUAAUGGAAAGGAACAGUUAUGGAGCUACUGUACUGUACAUUCCUAUGGGAGAGAACAGUAAUGAAGCUACUGUGCUUCACAAUGUAAGGGGACAGAACUCAAACUAAUGUAUUGCACAUUCUAAUGGGAGGGAACAGUUAUGGAUCUACUGUACAGCACAUUCUAAUGGGAGGGAACAGUUAUGGAGCUACUGUAUUGCACAUUCUAAUGGGAGGGAACAGUUAUGGAUCUACUGUACAGCACAUUCUAAUGGGAGGGAACAGUUAUGGAGCUUCUGUAAGGCACAUUGUAAUAGGAGGGAACAGUUAUGGAGCUACUGUAUUGCACAUUCUAAUGGGAGGGAACAGUUAUGGAACUACUGUAUUGCACAUUCUAAUGGGAGGGAACAGUUAUGGAACUACUGUAUUGCACAUUCUAAUGGGAGGAAAUAGGUAUGGAACUACUGUAUUGCACUUUCUAAUGGGAGGGAACAGUUAUGGAGCUACUGUACUUCACAUUGUAAUGGAAGGGAAGUUAUUUAGCUACUGUAUGGCACAUUGUAGUGCACUGCACAUUCUUAUGGGUGGGAACAGUAAUGGAACUACUGUACUGCUCUGCACUUUCUAAUGGAAAGGAAUAGUAAUGGAGCUGCAGCACAUUGUAAUGGGAGGGAGCAGUGAUGGCGCUUCUGUACUGCACAUUGUAAUGGGAGGGAGCAGUGAUGGCGCUACUGUACUGCACAUUGUAAUGGGAGGGAGCAGUGAUGACGCUACUGUACUGCACAUUCUAAUGGGAGGGAGCAGUGAUGGAGCUACUGUACUGCACAUUCUUAUGAGAGGGGACACAGUAAUAAGGCCAUACAUUCUAAAUGCAGACAAUUUUGAGACAAAUAUCUUGCAUAUCCAAAUAGAAAAAAACAGUAAUGGAGUUAUCAAACUGUGUUUGGGAAAGCAGUAGGGUAAAAUUAAUGUUAUGUACUCAACAGAUGACAGAGGACAGAUAUAGACCAGUGUAAGUUUACAAUGCUGAGGUCCAGUUUGACAUUAUAUGGCCUAUACUCCUACUCUGUGGUUCAUUUUUGUUCUCACAUCUAUAUUGUGAAUAUGAUACAGAUGUACAGUAUGUAGUUGUUCUGCUAUGCACGGUGGCCAUGUAUUGAAUCUACCAUUGUUUGUUUACUUUAUAUCUAACAGUCUGAUGCUAUUGAUUGUUGUCCAUUUGUUCAUGAGAGCUGUGAACAUCUUACAGUAUUGAGUAUCAAAAAUAUAAUAGGGUGUUGUAAUAGUUCAAGAUUUUACAGAAAUCUAAAGCAGGCUUUUCUCUAUUCCUGUACGGGCAAGUGUUUUCUCAAUUCCUACCUUAUUUUGUGUAUAAUUUGUAUUUUUAAGAUUCAUGUUAAACUUUUUAACACCGGGGUUUAUCGUGGUCUGAAAACUCCAUUCUGAUUGUAGUAAAUGAUGUGAUUUAUGUUCAGGUUAAUGACUAUUUCACUUUCUUUUUGCAUUUCAUUGUACUUUGUUUUUAUUGUUUAUUUUUAGCUUUAUUCCCCAGAUAUAAAUUGGGUCAGCAAUACCAAGGUUUUAUCUGUAUUUCCUGUACAUUUUCUGUGUAUAAAGCUGAUACUGUUUCAUUACUGAUGCAUUAAUACUUCUGUAUUGCUAAUGUUUUCAUUUAACACAUUUUCUCAUCAAUCACUAUAACAAUAUUGUAUCCCAAGUCUUUGAUAGAUGCAGUCUUAAAAAUUAUCUCCCCUUGGUCAGCUCUUCAAUAGCAAGAAUGAUGAAUAAUGGUAUCGAGAAGGAUAAUAUUCUCUCAGCUUCAAAUCAAGAAUUAUCUUUCUUUAGUCAUUAACUUAACUGCAUAGCCUAUGUUAUUUCUCCUGAUGAAUUUAUGAGAUAUAGUUCCCCCAAACAAAACUCAAGUGUUGAUCAUGAGCAGCAGUUCUAAGGACCAAGAUUAUCUCAGGAUGCCUGUCACAUGUUUAAAGUAUGUGUCAUGAUCACAUUUCAUAUCACCAUACAUACUGCAAGAUAUCAUUAAUUAGGUGUAGUGAUUCACAUGAUAUUUUAAAUACUUGAUACGAGAUGUACAUUUGUGCCAAUGGUGAAUAUGAUAUAAUGCAUGUUUUGUAGUGUGAAUGUAGUCUUAUUUUGUACAUUUACUUUGUAUUAGAAGUGCUAUUGUAUCAUCAUGUGUAAUAUGAGGAAUCUCAUUUGCUAAAAGAGACACCUCAUGAAUUUGUCUCAACAACUAUCUACUAAGCUUGGCUCGUAGGUAUCUGCUAUUGGUAACAAUUAUGUUUACAGUUUUAGAAUAGGGCAAAGUGGAGACCUACAGAAAGUGUGAUCAGUGGCUAAGGGCAAAUCUAAUGUGUCAUUGAGACGGUUCCAGUCAAGGGCAAGUCUGGCAAUGUGUCAUUGAGAUGGUCCCAGCCAAGGGCCAGUCUGACAAUGUGUCAUUGAGACGGUCCCAGCCAAGGGCAAGUCUGACAAUGUAUUAUUGAGACAGUCCAAGCCAAGGGCCAGUCUGACAAUGUGUCAUUGAGAUAGCCCCAGCAAAGGGCUAGUCUGACAAUGUGUCAUUGAAAUAGCCCCAGCCAGGGGUCAGUCUGAUGAGAAAAAAAUUCAUUGUGAUUGUCCUAGAAAGGACCAGUCUGUAAAGAGAAUAGAUUUUCUGUAACUCUGGAUAGGUAAAUCCAUGCUUUUUACCAGUGUGAGAUUUUAUUGUCUCACCCUAGGACAAUGAUAUGAUGUCACAGUAACAAUUCAUUGAUGUCACAUCACAAUGAAAUGACGUCAGUGAUGCAAAAUAUUGGGACAACAAAAACACAUACAAGUAUCUAAUCAAGCCAGUAGGUAAGAUAAAAACAAUCCCCAUGUUGGUGAGAUAGGUGGAUCUCAACCCUCUGGAAAAGAUGUGUAAGUUGCCUAAUGUUUGCUAACUUAUUCAUGUUUCCCUUGGGGUUGAGAUCCAUCUUUUUCACCUUCACGGGGUGAAAGAUUCUAUUAAUCCUCUCACUGUGAUCUCCCAGCUCUGUCUAUUGUCCAGAAAUUGCCACACUCUUAUUUGCAGUUUAUGACAGGAAGUCAUUUGCUACAGACUGAUGUAGAUGUGACUUAAUUGGAUUUGUAUUACAUAGAGUUAAGAUUAUCAAUUAUAGCUUUAGUGCAUGAUAUUUAUGUUACCUAUUUAUUUAUGUUGCUAUAUGCUCUAAUUUAUUAAGAGAUCUCCCAAAUUGAAUCAUAACUGAUCACAAUAAAACUUUUUACAAUCUAGCACUGAAUUACACAGCAGGAAUUUGUGUAGUAUAUAAGAAAAGUUCUUGGAUGAGGGGGUCAAGAAGCGAAAUAUGCUCAAAAAUGUCAGGAUUAGAUAAAACAGGGGAAAAAAACAGUAAACUUAACAAAAUCAACAAAGUUUACACCUUCAAGCAAUCAAAAACAUAACUUUAGAGAUUUAUAUUAGUUAACAAAUUUUUGAAGUCCUGUACAUUCUAUUAUUUUAAAAGGGUGCAAGAUAGGUGUUAAAAAAGUCAUGCCAAGUGUAUCUGCAAUACUCUAGGGGUUAGGCUUACUAUCACUCUCUGUACCAAUGGAACACAUCAUGGCAAAAUUGAAGGUUCCAGGUGCAACACCUUGUGGAUAAGUCUAGGUGACUAGUUUGAUCCUUUGAUAUAUAACAAACAAACUACAAGUUACACAACAGUAUGUUGUACUGGCCUGGAAGUUUGGUGUCACUCCUUUGUAGUAUGUUGUACUGGCCUGGAAGUUUGGUGUUGCUCCUUUGAUAAACAACAAACAAACUACAGGUUGCACAACAGUAUGUUGUACUGGCCUGGAAGUUUGGUGUCACUCCUUUGUAGUAUGUUGUACUGGCCUGGAAGUUUGGUGUCACUCCUUUGUAGUAUGUUGUACUGGCCUGGAAGUUUGGUGUCACUCCUUAAAUAAACAACAAACAAACUACAGGUUGCACAACAGUAUGUUGUACUGGCCUGGAAGUUUGGUGUCACUCCUUAAAUAAACAACAAACAAACUACAGGUUGCACAACAGUACGUUGUACUGGCCUGGAAGUUUGGUGUCGCUCCUUUGUAAUCUUCAGAGGAGUAUAUCAGUUUGUGAUUGGUCAGUUUUUUUUCCUGCUGAAACCUGCUCUAGACCAAUCAAAUUACAUCACUUAUGCGGUCAGUUUUCUUUGAAAUGUUUCAGAGAGUGAUAGUGAGCUUAAUCCCAGGAAUAUCAAGGAUAUGUCAAAUGUAUGUCAUGAAUAUGGUGUAAAGGACAAGAAUAUAACAACUUUUUACAGAUUUGUAUUUAAUUAAAAUGACACAAAUGUAAUGAUGUUUAUAUCUCACAUAAUGGCAAAGUAGUAUUGCAUAGUUAUUAACAGUUAUCCUAUCAUAAGGAGACUAAUGAAAUAUUGCUGAUCAGUACAUUAUUUAUCAAUAGGAGCAAAUAUACUGUAGUGUAUGAGAGUAACCAGCUGCUCUGCAUGAUGCACAAGAUGUAUGUCACCUUUGUAUCAGUUUUUAAUCUAGCUGCAUAAUUGUUUUGUUCGGUUUUGAAAUUUUCCAUGGUUUUCUAGCUCACCAGGUCUGAAGGCCCAGUGAACUCAUGCCAAGGCGCAGCGUUCAGCAUCCGUCCGUUGUCAAGCAUCCAGCAACUUUUUGAUAAAAAUUACUACUUAUCAUGAAUGACUGCACAGGUAUUUAAACAAAUUUGGUCAAAAGCAUUAUUGGGGAAGAGGAGCCAAGUUUGUAUAAAUAUUGGUUUUCUGCCCCCAGGGGCCAGAGGAGAGAGACCCCAUAGGGGAAUUUUUGUUAUUUGAAUUUCUACUCCUCCAGUUGGUAUGAAUGGAUAUUUCCUAAAUUUGGUCUGAAGCAAUCUUGGGUGACGGGAAAUCAAUCUUGUAUAGAUAUAAGGUCUUGGUGCCCAGGGGGCAAAUAGAGUAAAUUCUUUAAAAUCCUACUCCUGUAGGAAUGACUGGAUAUUGCCCAAAUUUGUUCUGAAAUGUUGCAUCCUGGUCCCCUACUGCAAAAAGAGGUGGGUCCAGUUGGGAAAAUGUAAGUUAUUGAAAACCCCUGUGCAUACAAAGGUAUUGUCAAAGUUUGGUCUGAAGCAGUUUUUUAUGAAUAGUGAAUCUGACCUCUGUUUGACCACAAGGGCAGGACCCAGUAGGGAAACUAUAUCAGAAAUCAUUUGUCAUAUUUGAAAUUCCUUAUCCAAUGAUUGAAUAGCUAAGUUAGCCUGGUGAGCGAUACAGACUCCUUGGGCCUCUUGUUUUUACUUGGAUCAAAAUGGAACAUUUAAGAUAUGUUAACAAGCCCUGGAAGUAAGUCUGAAGGUCAUACAUGUAAAGUAUUAAAAAAGUAAUUCUGUUAUAUCAAUGUGUAAAAUGUAAUUGAACUAUGCUUUCUAAUACUGUGUAAGGAUGAUUGAUAUUCUCAAACUAACUUUGCUCACUUUUGUUUUUAAAAAAGUUAGUGUCAGUCACUCGAGUAGUACUGCCACUAACUGCUUUCCUAGCUAUCUAUUUUAAAGAAAUCAAAUCACAAUCCUGGAUCAUUUUGCAGUGUUUGCCAUAUUUUAUCAGGUGUAAGUUUUAGCUUUAUGCAAGUUUACACUUGAUUAUGUGAUAUAUACACUUGUUGAUGGUGAGGUGUUUGGUGAAGUGACUUUAUGAUAAUGGAGUAUGUGGUAUUCACACUUUGAUCUUGUGGUAUUCAUUCAUGUGAUCUUUACAUUCGAUUUUGAUCAUGUUUUCGUAUUUACAUUUGGUUGUUAGUAUCCAGAAUAUGAUAUUGAGUGGUCUAUCUACUCUCCAUCAGGAUCUUUUCUCUGAUAUGUGACCAUGAAGAUAUCACCGAACUUUAAACAGCUAAUCUGUCUGUUGUUCCUUAGUUCUAUCAGGAAAUCUGAUUUCCUUUGUGGUUAGGGAAGUUUAGAACAAAUCCCUGAUGAUGUAAGUGACAUAUAGAGUAUGUCCUUGGUGGUUAGGGAUGUUUGGUAUACAUCCCUGAUGAUGUAAGUGACAUAUAGAGUAUGUCCUUGGUGGUUAGGGAUGUUUGGUACACAUCCCUGAUGAUGUAAGUGACAUAUAGAGUAUGUCCUUGGUGGUUAGGGAUGUUUGGUACACAUCCCUGAUGAUGUAAGAGACAUGUAGUGUAUGUCCUUGGUGGUUAGAGAUGUUUGGUACACAUCCCUGAUGAUGUAAGAGACAUAUAGAGUAUGUCCUUGGUUAGGGAUGUUUGGUACACAUCCCUGAUGAUGUAAGUGACAUAUAGAGUAUGUCCUUGGUGGUUAGGGAUGUUUGGUACACAUCCCUGAUGAUGUAAGAGACAUAUAGAGUAUGUCCUUGGUGGUUAGGGAUGUUUGGUACACAUCCCUGAUGAUGUAAGUGACAUAUAGAGUAUGUCCUUGGUUAGGGAUGUUUGGUAUACAUCCCUGAUGAUGUAAGAGACAUAUAGAGUAUGUCCUUGGUUAGGGAUGUUUGGUACACAUCCCUGAUGAUGUAAGAGACAUAUAGAGUAUGUCCUUGGUGGUUAGAGAUGUUUGUACAGUCUAAAUCCUUGGUGAUUUUUGUCCAGUGGCUCAUGUUCCCAGGUUAAUGUUUCACAUGCUGUUUCCUUAGGAACUUUUCCCCAGUAAAACUGUUGUGUUCCCUAAGUAACGUUUUGCCAGUUAAGCUGUUUCCUUCUUAUUAUAUCACUAUUAAGCUAAAAUUCAUUUGUAUUAAUUAUGGCCAUGUGAAUCAAUCAAAUGCUCUUUUUAAGUAUAUACACGUACAUUCUAUAAUCAUGUGAGCUUUCAGUUAUGUAGGUGUAUGUACACAUGAAUAACAAACAGCCAUUGUGACGGUUAUGGUUAUGUCCUGUCUUCACCUUUCUAUUUGUAUAGGACACAUGUUAAAAUGAGUUACUGGGUAACUUUUCAGUCUGGCACAUGUUACUGUGGGUUAUUGAGUAACCCUUUACAAGUUGGUACAUGUUACUAAGGGUUAUUUGGUAACCUUUUAAAAACUGGUGCAUGUUACUAAGUAACAUUUUAUAAAUUGGUACAUAUUACCAAGAGUUAUUGAGUAAUGUUUUACAAAUCUGUACAUGUUACUAUGGGUUGUUGAGCUACCUUUUGAAAAUUUGUACAUGUAAAGGAACAUCAAACAACAACUACAGAAUGGUACAUGUUACUUUAAGUAAACUUUCAACCUGGUACGUGAUUCUACGGUUUUUUGAAUAAUCUAUAAAACAUUGGAAUAUAUUUCCUUGAUUUUUUAAUAACAUGUAACUGACUGAUACAUACAAAUAGCACAUACUGGUACAUCUUGUGUACCCUUGUGCCUGGUACAUAUAUUUUUUUUGACCAUGAGAGAAAGAGGGCUAUUGUGAGGUAUGUGUGGAAUGCCUGUACAUCACACAUUGUAGCGCCAUCUAGAGGAUGGCUGACAUGUAAAAAUAUUAAAGAUAUGUAAAAUAA